CUCAAGUCCCUCCUCCCACGGACGGCUGCUCGCAGACACUUCUCUUCCUCAGCAGUACACAGAAUGAAGGUCCUCUCUGUACCGGUUCGCGACGACAACUAUGCCUACCUCCUCGUCGACGAGAAGGUGAACAAGGCUCUCGCGGUUGACCCCUACGACGUCCCCAAAGUCCAAGCUGCCGCAGCCCAGGCCGGUGUAGAGCUGGCGGGCUCCCUUACGACCCACCACCACCACGAUCACAGUGGUGGCAAUCAGGUAUUCGCCGACAGCUUCCCUAACACCCCCAUCUAUGGUGGGAGCAACAAGGCCCCGGCAUUGACCAACCUCGUCAAGGAUAAGGACGAGAUCACCUUCGGGAGCAUCACCAUCAAAUGCCUGCACACUCCGUGUCAUACACAGGACUCCAUUUGCUACUACGUCACCUCGGACGACGCCUCGCAUCCUGGCGGCGUUUUCACCGGCGACACACUCUUCGUCGCCGGAUGCGGCCGCUUCUUCGAAGGCACGGCGCCCGAGAUGACUGCUGCUCUCAAGUACCUCACUACCUUGCCCGACAACACCCUCGUUUACAACGGUCAUGAGUACACCAAGGGCAACGCAGCGUUCGCCAAGUCUGUCGAGUCGGACAAUGAGGCCCUGAGCCGCCUCGAGAAGCUCAUCCAGGAGGAUCCAGCCACGACUGGGCGCACUACCAUCGCGGAUGAGAAGGAGUGGAACCCCUUCAUCCGUCUGAACAGCUCCUCGAUUCGCAAGAACAUCAAUGCUGCAGAUGCUUCUGAGGACGACGUCAUGCAGACGUUACGCGAGUUGAAGAACAGCUUCAGGGGGUGAGUGGGGGUCCCACCCUACUAGAUGUUUGCCCAUCUCCCUCCCCGGGCAGACCAAGUCGGUUGUAGCAUUCAACAUGCGGCAAGUCGUAUCAAUGGAAGUACGAAGAUAACAUGACUAUCCAUCAAUGUAUUAGUAUAUAGGAUGUGGAAUGUCUGAAUUCAUCACUGUACAAGCAGUUAUGAUUCUCGGCAACGUGUAAGAGCUGGGUGAAAGCUGGGAAGAUAAUUUAACAUUUGCGGCUACAUUAAAAUCACACCAGUCCUAUAGUUGCCAGAAGAAACAUUGUAAAGGAUGCCAAAGUAUCCAGAAGCGUCAUACACCUGCGAGUAAUAUCGACAUGUCAUAAUACAACAGGCACCGUUCAUAAUCCAGAGGGUUCGGGAGAGCAUGAGUUACAUGCCGAAGACUUUGAGCACCGCUGAGCGUGCGUAGGGGAUAUAUGAGAGCGUGUACCAUGCGUAAGCGAGAUACUCGACAACGACGAGAAUGAUGCACAGCAGAUCACUGUUAAUAACGAACGCGCCGAUAAAGACCAGUACUAUUGACGCUAGGAAGAUGAUUGUGGCAAUCACUCGUACCGGCUUGAACAUCAUUUUGAUCUGCUUUGCGAAACCAAUGAGGAAUCCAGUUCCUACCAGCGAAACGACGGUACCCAUCGCAUACAGGACAGCGAAGCUACCCAACUGCCCCACAAAUAGCAAUGCUGAGCCGAGGAUGCUUAGAACGAAGCCUAUCGCAAGACAGCCAGCAAAGCCAUACAGUCGCUGCGUACGUGUGAGGCCAAGGAAUUUGAACGCAGAGUCCCCUUCGAAGAACUGUGUUUCGGGGAUCGUGCCCGCGGCCGUCUCCAGAUUGAACCAGCCUUUUGAGCUCAUAGUGCGUUAGCGUGCGAGUUUCGAAGACAAAGUGAUAAUAAGAAGGCGUAAACGAAAUGUAAGAAAAACAGUACGAGGCCAGCCGGUCGAAGGAGGAAAGUUGUAUCAGUGUGCGUGGUCGUGUCUCCU